GCCUUCUGGGAACUGGUUUGGCGGGAGGCUGACCUGAAGUCGAUUGUUGUGAAGUUCCCUGUGCAAGAAAGGAUUUUCUAAGAGAAGUAAACAAUGAAAUAUGGGUCCUAGGCGAAAAGAUUCAUACAGUGAAGAAAGCCUUCAGAAAGCACUCCAAGAAGUAAAGAAAGGCUUCUCAUUCAAUGCAGCGUCCAGAAUGUACGGGAUUCCCAGAUCAACAUUACAACUCCGGUUGAGUAAUAAAUAUACCAAACCAUCCCAUGGGCCAGCGCCUAUACUGAGCACAGAGGAGGAAAACACCCUUGUUUGGUUGAUCUUUGAAUGUCCUCGUAAGGGAUUCCCACGGCGAAAACAAGAUAUUGAGGCAAGCGUGCAAGAAUUUCUUCAUAACAGUAAACGUCCUGAUCCUUUUAAGGAUGAGACCCCUGGUAACAAAUGGUAUUCUGCCUUUUUAAAAAGGCAUCCGGAAGUUUCUGAAAGAACACCUGAGGGUGUAACUGCUUCAAGUGCUUGUGUUAGUGAACAAGACGUGAGACGAUGGUUUACGUCCACAGAAGACCUCCUUAAGGAGGAAACUGUAUUUGAUGUGCUGUCAUAUCCAAGCCGAAUUUUCAAUGACGAUGAAACUAAUUUUGUUCUAUGCCGUAAGAAAGAUAUUGUACUUGCACUCACGGGCUGUAAAAAUGUCUAUGAAGUAGAGAAAGGUCCAGCCAAAGCUACUCUCACUGUCAUGUGCACAUUCUCAGCAGAUGGAAAGAUGUGCCCUCCAAUGAUAAUUUACCCGUACCAGAUAAUUCCUACCAACGUUAUCAGCAAGGUUCCUGAAAAGUGCGGCAUCGGGAGAAGCGACAAUGGACGGAUGAAAUCUGAAGUUUUCUUCGAGUUCAUAGCUAACGUUUUUCAUCCAUAUCUCCAAGAAAAUAAUAUCCUACGGCCAGUUAUUCUGUUUGUUGAUGGGCAUAAAACCCAUUUAACAUACUACUUGAGCGAGCUGUGUAAAGAUCUUAAAAUUAUUCUGACAUAUUUGUAUCCCAAUUCUACACGAAUAUUACAGCCUGCUGAUGUUGCUGCCUUCAGACCUCUCAAAAGUGAAUGGAAGAAUGCUGCAUUCACAUAGCAAACAAACAACGGUGGAAAAGCUAUAACUAAAGAGGACUCUGCACCAGUCUUGAAAGAAAUGAUUGAAAAAAAUGGACCUUGAAAACACAAUUAAAAAUGGUUUCAGAGCUACCGGGUUGUACCCAUGGAACCCAAAUAACAUUGAUUUCUCAAAGUGCUUGGGUAGGAAUGUUUCUAACCGCAAUAAUAUUAACAGCAACAGCAGUAAGUCAGCAAUCCUGCCUCUUCCAUACGACACUUUUGUUCAUGUUGUUGGAGAAGAGAAAAUAAAUGAAUUUGAGACUAUACAGAAUGUGACAGAAAAAGCUCAUGGAGAAGAUUUCUUUCUUCCAUAUCUGCUAUGGAAGUUUUAUCAAAAUGAAAACCAAAAACAGGAACAGAAAGCGACUGAAAUCACGCCAGACUGAAAUCACGCCAGAUACUAACAUGUCCCUUUCUGAUGAAAAGCUGAACAUUUCAAAUCCACAACAUGCCUCGAGUGAAGAAGCCAGCCAGAGUUCAUCAGGAAGAGAUGACACAGAAGAUACGCCUAUAGUAAAUAAAACUCCAACCAGAUGUAUAAACGAAGUGCUUCUUUGGCCAGAAACGCCAAAAAGGAAAGGAAAGCGACAAGUGGAACGAGUCCCAUUUGUUUUAACCUCAAGAAAGUGGAAUAACCUGCACGAGGAAAGGUAAAAAUGAAGUAGGAUGCCAUGAAACAGAAAGAAAAACGAAAGCAGGAAAGAGAAGAGAAGAAAAUGAAAAAGGAAGCUACUCAACAAAUUAAUAAAAAGAAGAAAAUGAAGAGAGAUACCAGCAUUCUGACAGAGCUGACAUCCAAAGCUAAGCAUUCAGAGGUUGAGAACGCUCCAGCUUCUACAAGUGGUUACAUGAGAAAUAAAGAAAAAGAGUUUCGUGGAAUGUGCUUCAAAUGUACAAGAAGUGUUUCUUCCAAGAAGGGAUAUGAAUGUAAUAGCUGUAAAAAACUUUUCCACUCUACAUGCAUCCCAGAUGAUUCAGAUGACGAUCUCUUUGUAUGCCAUUGAUUGUUACGUGUUACAUGAUAGUGACAAUACUGAUGCCUUUGAUGAUGAAAGUGAUUUCUCCAAAUCGAUGGAAUAAAUUCUUACUGCUUGCAUCACACAAAGGCCUAUGCAUAGCAGUUCUCCAGGAAUAGUACUCACACAAAGCAAAGGACUGAGAAAAAACUCAAUUUGGUGUUUCUGUAAUUCAUAGUUGUAUUUGUAUAAAGAGUUAUAUAAUUUUACUGAAUUAAUAAAUUGA